AUGGGUGAUAGGACACGAACGCUGGCCUUAAUUAUCUGCCUUCUGACGAUGCACUGUGAUGGUUGCUUCUUGAACUCGUGUCCCUAUCGGAGGAUCGGACGAAGUAAUCAGCCAGCCAACGCCGUUAUCCCCUCAGGGCCUUCAGUCGACAUCACCGUCGAGACUUGCGGGAUCUGUGGUAAGGGCUACAGUAAUAUUUUUUUACAUUUUUCUGGUAAUCCUUUAGGAUUAACAAGAAAAAUGCAAAAGUCUGAAGAUCCCUUUUUGUGUCAUCUGUGAUUUUACUUUAUCUAAAGACAUCAUCAGUUAUCAUUUUGUUGGGUUUCAGGCCCAAAGAAUAAUGGAAUUUGUGUGAACGAGCGAGUUUGUUGUACAGUAGAAGAAUGCAAAGAGGACACUGGUUGUCAGAAUGUUCACGCUUGCCCUCUGCCCCUCUGUAUAAUCGACAACGGGCCAGGUUUCUGUGCCACCAACACCCUUUGUUGUGCUGAUAGUAAGUCCUGUUUCACCCUCCGAAAGAGUGACAUAAAGUAUAUAGAUGACAAUGGGGAUGUUUUUUCUUAUUAAUGGGGCAUUCAGAAUGCCUGUGUGGACGAAGGCAUUGGAUUAGGAGGUAAUCCAUUGGUAAUUUCAGAGUUCUGCCAACGGAAUUUGCAAUGUAUGGUGGUGGCGUCAAAGCAGCUGAACCUCUGA